AUGGCCGACAGUGCCCCAGCAGCAGAUGCCCCUGUUGCUAUCUUCAAACGGCGCGGCGCAAAGGGCAAGGCCAACAUCCGCAAGAGACCAGCAACACCCCCGCCAGCGAACAGCGACUCCGACUCCGACUACUCAUCCUCUGAAGACGAAGCAGGCCAGCGGGUAAAGAGGCGAAAGAAGAACGCUGGUGCCAUCACGGCUUCGUCCAAAGACCAAGCCAAGUCAAAACAAGACCUCUCCGCGACGGUCUUUACCGCCGAUCGCAGCGUGCCCAUAUCAGAUUCCAACGAUGCCACGAAACAAAGCAACUGGUACGACGAGGACGGCAAAGAUGCUCUUUCAUCAAAGAAUCUGCUAGGCAGCACGCGGGUCGUCGCAAAGAGGUCGCAGGCCCCCGACGGAACAUACAAAGGCCUGGCGAACCAGACAUCAUUCAUCACGAAGAACCCAGACGCGCCAAGUAAGACAGUCGGCCCCAUCAAGGCGCCCACGAACAUCAGGACGAUUACGGUCACCGACUUCGCCCCCGACGUGUGCAAGGACUACAAACAGACAGGUUUCUGUGGCUUCGGUGACAACUGCAAAUACCUCCACGCCAGAGAAGACUACAAGCAGGGAUGGCAACUUGACAAGGAAUGGGAGAACGUCACAAAGGGGAAGAAGAACAUUGCGGGAACCGUCGUUGCCAGCGCGGACCGCACCAAGGCCGAUGACGACGAAGACGAAGAGGAAGCCAUGCUGGAGAACAUACCGUUCGCCUGCAUCAUCUGCAAAGAGCCGUACAAGGCGCCGAUCAUCACGAGAUGUGGUCAUUACUUCUGCGAGCCCUGCGCGCUGAAGAGGUACAGGAAGGACCCGACGUGCGCCGCGUGCGGGUCGGGCACCAAUGGCGUCUUCAAUGGGGCGUCGCGGUUGAAGAAGCUGCUGGAACGGAAGAGAGAGCGCGCGGCGAAGAGGCGGCAGGAGGCGAUAGAGGCAGGGGAGGAAGUUAGUAGUGAGGAGGAAGAAUAG